AUGAAGUGGCUUCCUCCAUCUGAGGACGAAGUCGCACGCCUCCAGGAGCAUUUCUACGACAACUCUAUGCUCCGUGGUAACCUUCUCCUUGGUUGGACUAAGCCUUUUAUCACGGCGCGAUUCACGCAAGCGAAUACACUCCCACAACCAAUGCUCACUGCUCUUCAUACCGCCAUGCACUCAGAAUUCGAACCGCACGAGUUGAAGAGCUUCUAUUCUCCUCCAGAUGGUCCUCGAUGGUUGGAUCUGUCUCAAUUCGAAGUGAAUCCAUACUUCGUCGACUUGUUCGGGGAUUGCUUCCAACCAUUCCAGGGCAGUUACACUGUUACGAUCAAGCCUCACAUACAAGAAUAUCUCAGAAGUCUAGCAUCAAACACAGGUCCAUCUCGGGAGCAGCUUGUUAACAACAUGUUUCUUACGCGACCACCAUGCAAGGUUCUGCGAAUUUACGCGACAACGAAAUCUCGCGAAGGACUGCAAAUGGUGGGUAGCGUACACCAGACGGAUGGCGUUCGUAUUGGAGACCUUCUGCUUCAACUACAGCAGCACUUCUCUACAGCAAUCGAACUGUGGCGCAGCCGCUCCCAAUCCCUGCGGAAACUAAUUGCGGGACACGAAUCUCUUUGGGAUUCGGAAGAGGAAGAAAUUGCGGGAUACGAAUCUCUUUGGGGCUCGGAAGAGGCUUGGAUCUGUCCCGGCUUUCCGAAGCUCAUCAUCUUUCUUGAGGCCACGGAACAACCUGACCCAUCAUUCGCGCAACAUCUUUGCAACUUCAGCCAAAGGAACACAGAGAUGCACAUGAGAGAGUGGCAUGAAGACGUUUCGAAGCCGAAGAAAUUGUUGCAAGAUCUAUGGGACUCAAUGACCCAGGCUGAGAUCGAAGCAUAUAUGUCAGAUUUCUUGAAUGCUUGA